AUGAAGAAGUUUGAUCCGAGCCGAGUAUGGGUGGGCAAAAAGACAAUGGAAAAGCUAUACGACCCCAAAUUUGGAAACACAGACCAUGAAUUGGUUGAAAAAAUGAAACAGCUUAUUGUUAUGUACGACGAGGAGAAUGAGUACGGAGGAGAUGGCGUUUGCGAUCGUGUGGAGGGUAGUUAUGGUGGUGUUGGUGCACCAGACGAGUACGACGGCGACUACAAUGACGAGUUUGAUGACUUUGUGCCCUUUGGUGUUCGCGACGGUGGUAGUGCAUACGACCAGGACGCCAUUUGUGAACGAAACCACAAAAUGCGCGCACAGGAGGAAAGGGAAACAUUUUGGGAUGGAAAGAAGAACCCCCAUCUUUGA